GCUUCUUCUUCUUCUUCUUCUUUUCCUUCUCCUUUCGAGAGGGCGGUGCCAAGAAGUCGGAAAACCUUGUCAAAGCCACUGUACUCCGAAGCGUGAACGCGAGUUCCAGGUGAGUUCGGCGGGACGCGCGGGGACGAGGCCUCGCGCCGUGGAGACAAUCUAUGAACAUCAUCCGGAAGAGCAUUUGAUACAUCUUCUACGCAGCUGAAAAGAGGAUGCUCCAUCAUGAAUGAGGUACUUCCGAGCCAGAGCUCAGCUACAGACCUGCUGGAACCAGACAGUGAGGAGCUCCAGCUCAGGGUGGACUCCUUCAGGAAGCUGGGUUACUCUUCAGAGGAGAUCAGGUCCGCUCUGAGGAAGCUGGGGCUCAGCACAGACACCAACUCGGUGCUCGGAGAGCUGGUCAGGAUCAGGACCAGCACUUCACCCUUCAUGUCCAGUUCUGACGGCGAUGAGAGAAGAGGAACAGGACUGAAGGACCCUCUGCUGCCCCCCAGUUGGGCCCUUGGACCCAGAAUCACACCGCAACUGGGGCAUCAGAAGAGUUCAGAAACAGAAUUGAGGCCCAUUGUUAUCGACGGCAGCAAUGUUGCCAUGAGUCAUGGCAACAAGGAAGUGUUCUCUUGCCGAGGCAUCCAGCUGGCGGUGAAUUUUUUCCUGGAUAAAGGUCAUAAUGCCGUUACCGUGUUUGUUCCCACCUGGCGCAAAGAGCAGCCCAGACCGGAUGCCCCCAUCACAGAUCAACACAUGCUGAUGGAGCUCGAAAAGCGCAAAAUAGUGGUCUUCACGCCGUCGCGUCGAGUCGGGGGCAAGAGAGUGGUCUGCUACGAUGACCGCUUUAUCGUCAAGUUGGCGCACGAGUCGGAUGGCGUGAUCGUGUCCAAUGACACCUACCGAGACCUCCAAGGAGAAAGUCCAGAGUGGAAGAAAUGCAUCGAGGAGAGGCUCCUCAUGUACUCCUUCGUGAACGACAAGUUCAUGCCCCCUGAUGACCCUCUGGGUCGCCAUGGCCCCAGUCUUGACAACCUCCUCAGGAAAAAGCCUCUGCCUACGGAGCAAAAGAGACAGCUCUGUCCAUAUGACAAAAAGUGCACUUACGGCAUCAAGUGUAAGUUUUACCAUCCAGAGCGAACCAACCAGUCCUACCUCUCUCUGGCUGAUGAACUGAGAGAGAAAGCCCAGAUUUCUGCGGCAAAAGAAGAUAAAAAUGCCAGAUUAUCUCCCAGACAGCCUCAGCCUGAUAUUGGACCUGCUCAUUCCCAUCCUCGGGACGCCAACACGGAGGUCAUGAGGGACGGAAAAAGAUCCUCGUACCCAAGUCACAUCAGUGAAAACAAACUGUUGCACUGGGAGGAUCCGAGGAACAGUUCAAAUCACAUGCCCUUCUCUGUGACAGGAGGCCUGUGUCAGACAGACUGGCCCGCGCCGCACUCUGUGCCCAAUCAUUACUACGCCAACAUCUCCCACGACUACCUGGAUUCUGGGCUGGGCUCUUUUGAGAGCCAGUACUCUGAUAACUCGCAUUGCCUCAGCAGCUCCCACAAGCUCAGGUCCCAGCAGCGAAAUGCCCUCGCCGGACCCAGACACAACAGCCACUCCUGUGGAUGCUGUUCCCAGGCAAUGUCCUCAACAGUUCACCGUCAACAUCACGGAAGCCUGGACUCCAACUGUCAACCCAACUAUCCUCACGUGUUCCCACCAGGUGUGCCACAUCAGCGCAGUCUCCCCAACCAUCUCCACUACAGCGGAGCACCCCGCAAUCAGCACAGUUACUGGUCAGUUCCCAUCCAGGGGCUUCCCCGAGCCUCUUCGGUGCAUUCCUCGCACUCCCACAACUCCUGCCGCUCUUACGAAGGCCACGAGUACCAAUCCUGGGGCCGUCAACAGCCAACUCCCGCUGCGUUCGACCCCCAACGGAUGGAGCUCCGCAAGAACCUGCAAGCCAUCUUCAAUCCGGAACAGGUGGACACGGUGAUGGAAAUGUUCCCGCAUCUGAUGGACGCCGAGAAACUGGCCGCAGAGAUCCUCAACCUGAAGGCCCAGCAGGGAAUAUUUGGAUGAUCUUCAUCCCUUUGGACUUUCUUUAGAACUAACUUGGUACUUGUGUUGACCUUGGUUGUGUCCCACAAGUCUGUCACAGCCAACAGUGACUUUCACGAGAAGCUUCCACGGUGUCUACGGUUGAACGAUUAAAGCUAAUUGCGAAGACUCUGUGAACUGAAAGUGAAAUUUGCCUUGCUAUUUAUGAACAGGUCGGACAAUCUGUCCAGAGUUAUGUUCAUGUGACAUUGCAGUCAAGUGUAACCUUGCCAUCCAUGUUUUGGAUAAAGAAAAGUGCCUCUAGACGAAAAAUGCUUAUGUUCGAGUUUCUAGAGUUAUGUUUGUCGAUGCAUAUUGUGUCAAAUGUGAUUUAUUUUAAGUUCUCGUAGUAGGGAAUCGCUGUAUAAAGUAUUACUUGUGCUUUUACCGUCACUGUAGUUCUGCAGAGCAGCCUGCUGUUCAAUGUUAUCUCUGUGAGGUGUAUGUCGGGGCCACCCAAUGUGUUGAUUUAGUGUCAGUUAAUCAAAGUGUUCUGACUUGCAAAUAGCGUUUACAAUAUAUCGUAAUCCAAUAAGGAAACGGAGGGAAAAAAAGACUUCGGAGUUGGUGAAAGGAAUUGACUGGUGUGUCAUCACCUGUUUCCUGUAAAUCAGUAUCAGUGUCAUGGAACAUUCAUAGAAAGUGCUGCUUUAACAUAACGCACAUUUGGGAUACUGCGUGAUCGACGAUGUUAUUAAGAAAACAAUACAAUAAGUAUGGAAAUUAUGUUCUCUUAAUCUGUAAAUAUAUAUGUAUAAUGUAGUUUUAAGAAAAACAUAGAUUGUAAGCAUGUAUAGCAAAAACAGAGUCUCUGGAAUAAAAAAUAUAUUAUGUUUA